AUGGAACCUGUCUAUCUCUACCGUGAAGUUCGUGUACCCAACAUUGGUAAUGAAACCUUCUGUCUGUGGAACGCAUUCGAGCAACUAAUUCCUCAAGAUUACACCAUCGCUAUGGUUCCAUUAGUGUUGUGGAUGGCUAUGGUGAUCUACGGUACUGCAAAUCCCAGCUCUGUCCUCUCAUCGCUAAGCCUUCGCACAUCUUUCAAAGAAUUAACGAUGGAGCGCCAUUCACAGUUAGAUGUACUAGACGUGUUCCGAGUAAUUGCGAUCCUUUGGGUAAUGAUCAACCAUACGGGAAGUGAAGGUCGUGUGGAUAUCCUGGAUCGACUCCCGUCUGCUGAGAGCUUUAAACAAUCAGUGCACAACAAUCCAAUUUUUGGCGCACUUCUGGGCAAUUCAGCUCUAGGAGUUGAAAUAUUCCUGGUUUUAUCGGGACUACUCGCUGCCAGAUCAUGGUUACGCAAAGCGGAUCAACCGUUUUUCAAACACUACCGCGAGUUCAUCAUAAGAAGAGUGUUGCGCCUUGCACCAUCAAUCUUUUUCUUCAUUUACAUAGCCGCUGGCCCUAUGAUGAAACAUUUCUUGCCAAGGUACCAUUCCUCUAUGAUUUCCGCAUGUGGGAUAAGCGGAAUCGCUUCACAUCUGACAUUUUUGGGUAACUGGCAAGCCACCCCAACCUGCAUGGGUUACCUCUGGUACCUUGGCCUAGAUAUGCAACUCUACCUAAUCGCUCCAUUCAUACUACAUCUGCUCUACAAACAACCAUUCGCAGGAAAACUUUCUGCAGUUUCUAUGAUCGUAGCCUCAAUGUUUAUAAGAGGCGCAUAUUGCACUGCCUAUGGAGUCUGCCAUAAGAGCGAU